AUGUCGCAUUACAAUAGCACAGGGAUAAUGUUUACUGAUGGUCUAGGCAAGUAAUCCUGAACCAAUCUGGGUACCACUCACUAAGUAUGGCAGAGCAAACCGAGGCGCCCAUGACCACAGAGCAGAAGCGGCACUUUCUGGGAGUCUUAAACGCCUGGAUUAUGGAGGACAUCGGAAUCCAAAGGUCCCUACAAGCAUGGCUUGCCCGUGAACAACAGUUACGACAGUCUAUCUGUCAAGGGCAGGAGGAACACGAGAGAUUACGCAGUGAAAUUGUGGACCUGGUCAGCAGAGUUGAGGCCGCUGGUGGGGUUUACCCGGGGGUGGGCGAGCUGGGUGGGUGA